AUAAGGCGGAACCUCUAUGGGUGGGCCUUUUGUUCUGGUGGGAACACUUAUUGGGAACACCGGAAUCGCGCUCUCGGCGGAGAUAGGUGCCGACACUGCUGCCGAUCAUGCCGAAGUUUUACUGUGAUUACUGUGACACCUACCUUACACACGACUCGCCCUCAGUGAGGAAGACCCACUGCAGCGGCCGAAAACACAAAGAAAAUGUGAAAGAUUACUACCAGAAAUGGAUGGAGGAGCAGGCUCAGAGCCUCAUCGAUAAAACAACGGCGGCCUUUCAACAGGGAAAGAUUCCUCCCACACCGUUCCCCGGUGGCCCUCCCCCAGGCGGUCCUCCUCGUCCAGGAAUGCUACCAACACCCCCCAUGGGAGGUCCACCUAUGAUGCCCAUGAUGGGGCCUCCACCACAUGGAAUGAUGCCCGGUGGACCUGGAGGCAUGAGGCCGCCGAUGGGAGGGCCCAUGCAGAUGAUGCCAGGACCACCACACAUGAUGCGUCACCCUCGACCGAUGAUGAUGCCAGUCAGGCCAGGCAUGAUGCGACCAGACAGAUAAGAGCGAGUGGAUUUUUCUCCGCUCUUUGUUGCCAUGAACAGACUCUGUCUAGUGAGGACACUUGGUUUAACACUCGAAUUUAUGAGUACGACCUUUUUAAAAUUCUGUUUAUUUCUCUUCAACCUUGAUCUGGAAGUCCCUGCCGUAAUUAUGACAUUUUUGUGUAAUUACUUCAUUUUGUGCCGGGGUCGUGGUAUUUAUUCCAAUUCACCUCAUCAGAAUUAGUUUUAGACCCCCUUUUUAAAGAUGUUUUGUUAACGUCCUCCUUUGUUGUUGUCAAGAUUAAAAUAUCUCAUCUCACUUUGACAAACUGUUCAGCAAGCAUUCAAAGUGAUGUUUGAUUUGACAAUAUUUGUUACUAUAUUUUUCUUUUAUUCUAGGUUUUACACGUUAUGUUGUUUUUCAUUGCAUUGCUUUGAUAAAUAAAACAGUGAUUUCAAACCUG